CAGGGGCCGUAGCGAUUUGAAAUCGGUGCAAUCGCACACCACACAGGGUUUGACCUGCCACACAGUGCCGACAUUUUCAUGGGACCAUGUUUCAUUUUUUGGCAGAAUAAAAUGUUGUCUGGAUGACUGCAAAGCGCCACCCCCUUCCGAAACACACCAGAGGACGAUUCUUCAAGUGCAUAUUUAUGGAAUAAAACCAGCCAUCAUGUCAGGGAAGUCAGAUGGGAAAAAGAAGUGGGCGGCUGUCAGGGGUCGCCUGGGCUCCUCGCAGGACUCAGAUACCCCGCAGGAGGCUAACCUGGAGAGUGCUGAUCCAGAGCUGUGCAUCAGGCUGCUGCAAGUACCCACUGUGGUCAACUACUCUGGGCUGAAGCGUCGUCUGGAGGGCAGCGACCAGACAUGGAUGGUCCAGUUCCUGGAGCUGAGCGGGUUGGAUCUCCUCCUGGAGGCCCUGGACCGGCUCUCAGGGCGGGGUUGCUCUCGCAUUGCCGAUGCCCUUCUGCAACUCACCUGCGUCAGCUGCGUCCGGGCAGUCAUGAACUCCUCUGCAGGGAUCCACUUCAUUAUAGAGAAUGAGGGAUACAUUCGGAAGCUCUCCCAAGCCUUGGACACUUCCAACACCAUGGUGAAGAAGCAGGUGUUUGAGCUACUUGCCGCCCUCAGCAUGUUCUCUACAGACGGCCAUUGCCUGGCACUGGAUGCCCUGGACCACUACAAGGGCGUGAAGACACAGCAGUAUCGCUUCAGUGUGAUCAUGAACGAGCUGCAGGCCACAGAUAACGUCCCUUACAUGGUUACACUCCUCAGUGUCAUCAACGCCCUCAUCUUCGGGACAGAUGACCUCAGGAAGAGAGACAAGAUGAGAAAGGAGUUUAUCGGGCUUCAGUUACUUGAUAUUCUGCCAAAGUUAAGGGAGCAGGAGGAUGAAGACUUGAUUAUUCAAUGUGAAGCUUUUGAAGAGGCGAUGGCUGAAGAUGAGGAGGAGCUGCUGCGGGUCUAUGGGGGCAUUGACAUGAGUAAUCACCUGGAGGUUUUCACUACACUCUUUAACAAGGUGAGCAGCUCUCCAGCAUCUCUCCAGCUGCUGUCCAUCCUGCAGACGUUGUUGGUGCUGGGGCCCAGCCGCUCCGAUAUCUGGCUGGCUCUGGAGGCCGUCGCUAACAGAGCCAUACUGCUGGCCCAGGACUCUCAGAUGGAGUCCUGUGAGAAGAUCAUGCAGCGGCUGUUGUUCUCCAAAGGCAAGAGCUGUGAGGGUCGUCAUGAAGUGGACGGGCAGCUUGUGAAAGUGGAUAAGGCCAUGCAGACUGAUCUGGAUCAUCAGGGCAAAGAGAAGUCGGCCAAAAGCAUAACAUCCUCUCAGAAGCCGCUGUGUGCCGCUCCGCCCCCUCCCCCUCCACCUCCUCCUCCUCUACCCCCUGGGCCCCUGCUCCAACCUUCUAACCAGUGCCCACCUCCGCCCCCACCACCUCCUCCACCACUACCUGGAGGGUUUGGUGGACCCCCACCACCUCCUCCCUUGCCUGGAAUGCCGCCGCCGCCGCCACCACCACCACCACCACUGCCCGGCGGUCCAGGCAUGCCUUCCCCACCGCCUCCGCCACCCCUACCUGGAGGGUUUGGUGGACCCCCACCACCACCUCCCUUACCUGGCAUGCCACCUCCACCUCCCCCGGCCAUGAUAGUGGCUCAGAGUAGUCAGGCCCUGGGGUGCACUGCACCCACAAAGGCAAACCGGUGCCCCACCCUGAGGAUGAAAAAGCUCAACUGGCAGAAACUCCGCACUGUUACUGAUGGUCACUCCAUGUGGGCCUCUGUUCAGAAAGAGCCUCCUCCUCGGGAGCCGGACUACAGCAGUAUCGAGCAGCUGUUCUGUCUCCCGGUGACCGAGCACAAAGACAAGGGGGCAGCUGCUCCUGUCAAGAAGGAGCCUAAAGAGAUUACAUUCAUUGAUCCAAAGAAAAACUUGAAUUUGAACAUAUUCCUAAAGCAGUUCAAAUGCACAAAUGAGGACUUUGUAGCCAUGAUUCAGAAUGGGGACCGUACUAGGUUUGAUGUAGAGGUGCUGAAACAGCUUCUAAAGCUCCUACCAGAGAAGCAUGAGAUUGAAAAUUUGAAGUCCUUCCAAGGAGAAAAAGACAAGUUGGCAAAUGUUGACCGCUUCUACACCUCCCUCCUCACUGUGCCAUGUUAUCAGUUGAGGAUUGAGUGCAUGUUGUUGUGUGAGGAGACUUCAUCAGUGUUGGAUAUGCUCAAACCUAAAGUCAAGCUGGUGGAGGAGGCCUGCCAGUCUUUAAAAACGAGCACGCGGAUGCCCAGUUUCUGCAGGCUCAUCCUUGACGUUGGAAAUUUUCUCAACUAUGGAAGUCACACAGGGAACGCCGAGGGGUUCAAGAUCAGCUCUCUGCUCAAGCUUACAGAGACCAAGGCCAACAAGAGCCGCAUUACGCUGCUUCAUCACAUCCUGGAGGAGGCAGAGGCGAGCCACCCAGAGCUGUUGGCACUGCCAGAUGAUAUCGAGAUCUGUGAAAAAGCAGCAGGAGUUAAUCUGGACUCUGUUCAGUCAGAAGCCAGUGCCUUACUAAAACGACUGAAUGAGACGGCCAAGAAAAUCGCCAACUCUGUCGAAGAGAUGAAGGCGCAAUAUGCAAAAAUUCUUGAGGAAAGUCUGGAGGCAUGUCAGGCUUUAACUGAAAGGUUCACUGCGAUUGAGAAGCAGAAGACCGAGCUGGCUGUCUACUUAUGUGAAGAUGCCAGUCAGCUGUCUCUUGAGGAACUCUUCGGAACCAUCAGGACUUUCCGAGGACUUUUCAUCAAGGCACUCAAGGAAAACAAAACCAGAAGAGAGCAGGCAGCCAAGGCUGAGAAGAGAAAGAAGCAGCUGGCAGAGGAAGAGUCCAAGAGACAGAAGGGAGAGAAUGGAAAAAUAAUCAAGAAAGGUUUUGUGCCUCAGAACGACACCUGCAUCAUUGACCAUCUCCUAGCGGAUAUCAGGAAAGGUUUCAGCCUAAGAAAGACCAGGCCAAGGUGCGAUUCGGAAAGCCUCCCUUCUAGUGAAAUGCGUAGGGAUACCUGCCCAUCUGGAUCAAGUGUGACGCCUGUAGACGAAGAAGCCGUAGAAGUGGCCACCACUACCGCUCCCACCAAACCUCAGACAGAGGGUCACCAGGCAAGCACAGGUGGAGUGAACGGCUUCAUCAGCCCAUCGGAAGAGACUCCACCAGCACCACAGAGUGCGGUGCAAGACGGACCAGCUGUACCUCCCAACACGCUCCCAGGAGGACCAGCCAUGACGAUGCAGGCACCCCCGGAAAGACCCGCGUCGCUGCAGGAGGGGCAACACCCACCGAAACCUGCAGUAUCAGCGCUAGAUAUGACACGACCUCAGGUUGAAGCAGAACAUCAGCCAUGUCUCGCCACAAAUGGCUUUUCAUUGGAUUCAACUGAGACCAGCGUCCUCAGCCCAUCUUCCCUCUCAGAUUCAGACCCGCUCGAGGCCGUGUUAGAUGGCACUUCAAGCCUGGUACCUGAGAAGCUGAUGCCUGAGGAGCCAGCAGACAUUAGUGUGAAUGUUCAGAUCACAGAAAGUCCUUUACCUAAUACAGACAAUGUGACACAGAGUAGUGAAAGCAAUAUAAUGGGAGGUGGGAAAGGUGAAACUAGUAAUAAAAUAAGCCAUUUAACAGAGACUUUUGGAAAAGAGCAGGAACACAUUAUUGUAAAAACGCCCUGCCAAGAUGAGGCCGUGAAUUACAAACAUUUGGACCCUAAAAGCAAUGUGUCUACACUCAGCGAAGGCAUCGAGGGUUGUGACAUCCCAGAUGGACUGGGAUCGGAAGAUCUGCCAUCUGUGUCGGAAGCAGUGCCUCCAUCCCUUAAGCCCGAACCAAAGAAACAGCAGAGCCUCUUUAGACGAAACAAAAAGAAGAGUAAUCAAGGUAACAGUGGGAAAGGACACACUAAACAUAAAAAAGGCUGUGUGUUGCAGUGAGGUGACUCCAGAAAAAGGAAAUCAAGAGGAAAAAGAAAAUGUUAAUUUAACACAGGAGUUCUGAACUGGAAGGACUACAGUAUAUAUUAUUUUGUGAGACUACGUGAAUAUUGACUCCUUCGAGAGAAUGCAGAAGUCUUCCUUUUGCAAUGAUUUGUUUUUCCAAGACAAAGAAGAGUAAAAACAUCUAAGGCUGGGAUGUUCACAGCAUGGAUGUUUACAUGUCACUUUAUGUAAAUUAGCUGUAGUUUUCCGUGUAAAAUGAGUGGUUUUGAUUCAGAACUAUUCAAAAAAAGUUGAACAUGUUUUGUAUAAUUGUUGUAAUAUGCAGUGAAUGUGUUUUGCUAUAAGCUCUAUUUACUGUUCAGCACCUAUAGCGAGAAAGAUGCAGUGUUUGGUGCAAGCUAUUUAAUUUAACUCAUCAAAACAAAACUGCUUGAAAACCAUGUCUUAAUUUCUUUAUAUAUUAUCCAGAUGAGCUCUAACAGGAAAUAUAAGGAAAGUAUUUAAUGGAUUGUAACUUUUAAUGUUAAAUAUAUUUUAAUAAAAGUGAAUUUACUGUU